GGCCGGAGGGGCGGGGUGAGAAGGCUGCGCGCGGGUAAAGGGGCCGCCUUAGCGCGGUCCGAGCGUUCAGCGGACGCGCGCCGCCUCGCUCUCCUGAGUCGCCACCCGCCCCUCCCCCGCCCGCCGCCGUCACCCGGGAAACCGGUCGCAAUCGCUGGCCGACCUGAAGCUGGUUUCAUGGCAGCCGCGAAGAAAGCAGUUUUGGGGCCAUUGGUGGGGGCAGUGGACCAGGGCACCAGCUCGACGCGCUUUUUGGUUUUCAAUUCAAAAACAGCCGAACUACUUAGUCAUCAUCAAGUGGAAAUAAAACAAGAGUUUCCAAGAGAGGGAUGGGUGGAACAAGACCCUAAGGAAAUUCUUCAUUCUGUCUAUGAGUGUGUAGAGAAAACAUGCGAGAAACUUGGACAACUCAAUAUUGAUAUUUCCAACAUAAAAGCUAUUGGUGUCAGCAACCAGAGGGAAACCACUGUAGUCUGGGACAAGUUAACUGGAGAGCCUCUCUACAAUGCUGUGGUAUGGCUUGAUCUAAGAACCCAGUCUACCGUCGAGAGUCUUAGUAAGAAAAUUCCAGGAAAUAAUAAUUUUGUCAAGUCCAAGACAGGCCUUCCAAUUAGCACUUACUUCAGUGCAGUGAAACUUCGUUGGAUCCUUGACAACGUGAGAAAAGUUCAAAAGGCUGUUGAAGAAAAUAGAGCUCUUUUUGGGACCAUCGAUUCAUGGCUUAUUUGGAGUUUGACAGGAGGAGUCAAUGGAGGUGUCCAUUGUACGGAUGUAACAAAUGCAAGUAGAACGAUGCUUUUUAACAUUCAUUCUUUGGAAUGGGAUAAAGAGCUCUGCGAAUUUUUUGGAAUUCCAAUGGAAAUUCUUCCAAAUGUCCGGAGUUCUUCUGAGAUCUAUGGCCUAAUGAAAAUCUCUCAUAGCCCGAAAGCUGGGGCCUUGGAAGGUGUGCCAAUAUCUGGGUGUUUGGGGGACCAAUCUGCUGCAUUGGUGGGACAAAUGUGCUUCCAGGAUGGACAAGCCAAAAACACGUAUGGAACAGGAUGUUUCUUACUAUGCAAUACAGGCCGUAAGUGUGUAUUUUCUGAACAUGGCCUUCUCACCACAGUGGCUUACAAACUCGGUAGAGACAAGCCAGUUUUUUAUGCAUUGGAAGGUUCUGUAGCUAUAGCUGGUGCUGUUACUCGCUGGCUAAAAGACAAUCUUGGAAUUAUAAAGACCUCAGAAGAAAUUGAAAAACUUGCUAAAGAAGUAGGUACUUCUUAUGGCUGCUACUUCGUCCCAGCAUUUUCAGGGUUAUAUGCACCUUAUUGGGAUCCCAGUGCAAGAGGAAUAAUCUGUGGACUCACUCAGUUCACUAAUAAAUGCCAUAUUGCUUUUGCUGCACUAGAAGCUGUUUGUUUCCAAACCCGAGAGAUUUUGGAUGCCAUGAAUCGGGACUGUGGAAUUCCACUCAGUCAUUUGCAGGUAGAUGGAGGAAUGACCUGCAACAAAAUUCUUAUGCAGCUACAAGCAGACAUUCUGUAUAUUCCAGUAGUGAAGCCCUCAAUGCCUGAAACCACUGCGCUGGGCGCUGCCAUGGCAGCGGGGGCAGCAGAAGGAGUCGGCGUUUGGAGUCUAGAACCUGAGGAUUUAUCAGCUGUCACGAUGGAGCGGUUUGAACCUCAGAUCAACGCUGAGGAAAGUGAAAUCCGUUAUUCUACAUGGAAGAAAGCUGUGAUGAAGUCAAUGGGUUGGGUUACAACUCAGUCUCCAGAAAGUGGUGACCCUAGUAUCUUCUGUAGUCUGCCCUUGGGCUUUUUUAUAGUGAGUAGCAUGGUAAUGUUAAUCGGAGCAAGGUACAUCUCAGGUAUUCCAUAAAUAAUACCAACUCAUGGAUUCCCAAGAUGCGAGCUUUUUAUGUAACGAGAGGAUCCUGCAAUUAAUUCUGUUUCUUAAUGUGAUGACACUAUUCAUAGACUCUGAUUUUAUUUAUAAGCCACUUGCUGCAUGACCCUUCAAGUAGACCUGUGGCUUGAAAUAAAGAAAAUGCAGCAGAAAGAAUGCUAUAGAAACAUUUGGUGUGUUUUUUAACAUCGACAGUUAAGGUUGGGCCGGCCACUUUUGGGGCUGAUCCCCUCCAUUUGCCAUAACAUCCUCCCCCAUUCCCUCUAAGAUCUAGGAGGAAUUCAGAUCCUGUCCAUUGGAUUCUUUCAUCAAACAUAUUGAAACGCUAUUGGACCAGGAUUUGAUUCUGUGCACUACACAUACUUGCUUAAGGGGUUACUACCAACCUGUUAAAGAUGAAUGACUUUUUGUUUGUUUUUAAACAGACUCCCAAAAGUCUUCCUUUCUACAUAUUAGAAGCCCACAUCUUCACUGAAUGUUUAAGUAGAAAUCUCUACUAAAUUAUUAAAAUGGAAAUUUUAGUAUUCUCAUAGCUUGAAUAUUUUUCUAAAAAAACAUUUGCCAAAACAGAAAUUCUUCGAACAUUAUACACAGUCUCACUAUAAUGACUUUCUGUCUGGAUCUUAUAGGAAAGGACACUUUCUUUUUUUGUUUCCAUCUUUCCUUUUUAUAUUUUUUACUUUGUAUGUAUAACAUACAUACCUAUAUAUUUUAUAUACUGCGGUUAGCCCAUUUAUAAAUUAAGACCACAUUGUAUUCAGUAUGUUACAACAGGGUUAGUCUUAAGUGAACUACCUUGUAUAUUAAUAUUUUGGAUAAAACAGCUGUAUACAUUUUUGGGCAAUGGUUAUGCAUAUUAUUUACCAGGAGAAAUUUUUUCUUAAAGAGCCAACAUUUAAAAUUUAAGUAUAUAUUCUAUGUCAAUAAAAGAAAAUGUACUUUAUUGUGACUUCAACUAUAUUUCUUAUACCUUAUAAUUUUAUUUAACUGUCUUAGCUAAAAAAAGAAAAAGAAAAAAAUUGUGGAAUACCACAGUAGAUAUUGUUUUCAAACAUCUUAGCACUAGUCCAAAUAAAGUUCUUUUUCCUUUGAAUUAAUUAUAGACAUAUUUGGGAUCCUUUUGAGGAAAUGAGAAAAUGUCAAAUAAGUUAAAGACCUAAGUAGAAAAAAAAUUAGGAAUUAAGAAUCUCUUUCAUUUCAAAUUUUAUCAAUUCUUAAUAAGAAAUUUCUAUCUGGGAUGACUGAAUUAUCUCUACUUAAUAUAAUAUUACAACUGAAAAAAGCUUACCAUUAGAAAUGCCUUCCAGUAAAACCAAGAAUUUCUCAAAAUAUUUAAUGUCACAUGUUAUAAGAAGUCACCUAAUCUAAUUUCUUAAUGUAAAUUUUAAAAAUAUUUUAAAAUUAAUUUGUUUUGUGGUAAAUAACUAAGAAAAGAUUGGCUCCUAGUUAUUUUCUUCAGUGAGUGCUGAAUGAGGAAAUAUUUAUAUGUUAAUAUAAAAUAUUUUAUUUUGUUUGGAAUUAAUGGUAGCUUUAAUUACUGUUCUGAUUGUGCUAUUUCUGAAUUAUUGAAUCUGCUGGAUUUUAUUGAUGCAGCUGCCACUUAAGUGACAUAAAUAUUAUAGAAAGGUACUGUGAAAUGAUCACUUUGUGGCAGGGGUACUUUUAAACAUAAUUAUGUUUCUACAAAGGUAGGUUGAGUUCAUUGUAAAUAAUUGUGAAAAUCACUGUUCAAAUAAUUUUAAGAUUACAUUAAUUUUUCUAUGAAAUACAAGGUCUAUAAAUGUUUGAAAUUGUACAUGUUGAUAUUUAAUGAUAAAUUUACUUAAAAUAAAUUGACCCCUCAUUCUUACUUGCCUUUCUGAUUUACAGACUAGAACUUAGGUCAAAGUUAAAUUAAGAAAUCUGUUUCAGGAGAUGUGAAACUCAGCUGUUAGUAUUUGAUCAGGCACAUGCUGACAAAUUAACCAACAGCCCAAGUAGUUUCUGGAAUGAUGAACACCUUAAUCGUUCUAUUAGAACAGACUGCGCCGUCCCAUCUAAGCAUUUCCAGAAAAUACCUUGGCAAGGUCAAUGGCCAUUAUCAAUAGGAUCUUGCAUGGCUAACCAUGAUCUUCCUUUCACUGGUUUCAUUCUGUGCUUCUGUUCUUCUCUACCUGGGAUAGUUGGUGGAAUCAAGUAUACCAUUGUUCUCUCAACUUAAUAGCCAAUACCUCAAUCUUUUGUUCUCCAACCAAUCAAUAAAAUAAGUAAUGCAUCUUCUGUAAUGAUAUUUUAGAAUUUUUAGUGUGUUUCUUUUGAACUACCCAAAGCCCAAUUCUUUGGGAUAUUUAUGGCUGUUUUGUAUCGUGGGAACGAAGAAUGAAAGCUAUUAGCGUUGACAGUGGAGUAAAUAGUAUUCAUCCUGUAUUGUUUACCUAAUAGUAAACAGGAGUGCAAAAAUUACUUUUAACUAUAACCCUUAAUGGCUUGUUUUAACUAAUGAUAUUUAAAUAAUGAAGUUUACUUGAUUCUUUGCUCUCUCAACCUAGCAACUAUUUUUUUUUUUUUACAAAAGUGAACUGGAGUGCAUCCUAGCAACUUUUAUAAUAAGUUCACAUAAUAAACAAUUAGGAAACUGACUUUUAAAACCAA